UGUUAAAACCUGUUUACCUUACCAGGUCAUAUUAUGGGCUUUAAAAAAAUUCGGUUUAAAGUCCAGGACGUUACCGCGGCACUCCCCGAUAUCUCAAUGUCUUCUCUGUUAUAAUCGCAGGCCUUAUCAGGUGUAUCAUUUGCAUAACUGGGGUUAAAACCUAUGUACAUUUUUGCGAUUGCCCGACGUACAUCAACAACUGACGGAACCGAGGCUAGUACGUCGGCAGGAACAAACCAAGCAGCCGGAAUGGAAAACGACGGAUACCAGAAUGGAGACGAAACUCCAAAACACGACUCCGAGCCAACAACGAAGACAGGGGAACCACAAGGUUAUGACGAUGUGGACUUAAGCAUCUCGGCACACCAACAAGGAGGAAAGACAAAAUAUGACGUGGAGGCUGCAGGGAAGAAGAAAUCCGCCAAGAACAGGACAGAAGACGAACACAAAGUCCCGUCUUAUUGGUUCAUCUUUAUGGUGGUUCUACUUGGCGUUGGUUUCUUUCUAGCCCUUGGGUUAGGUCUUGGGCUGGGUCACCCCGACCCCAAGCUGAAACCUUACCAAUUUUUCAACGGCGCGGUAGCGUCUGAUCGAGAACUCUGUUCGAGGGUUGGAAGGGACUUGAUGUUGAACGGCGGCAACGCCUUGGACGCGGCGAUAGGCACUUCCUUUUGUGUGGGCGUGCUGAACCUGCACGUUGGAGGUGUGGGAGGAGGCGGCUACCUGACCUUUUACAAUAAAACCGGCACCGUCGCUGGCGCAAUCAAAACAGUAGCUGUUGAUGGGCAGGUGGUGGCGCCCUCUAGUGCCAGCAUGGACAUGUUCAGCGGCCAAGAGGGAUCUGCUGUUAAAGGUGGCAUGGCUAUAGCCAUCCCCGGACAGGUAGCUGGUCUCUUUAGGGCGCAUAAAAACCAUGGUGGAACUCUGUCCUGGGCGAGCCUUGUGGAGCCGUCCAUCCGUCUAGCCAAGGGCGGCUUUGAGAUUGGUGAGGCACUGGCUAAAGCCAUCAAAGACAACGAAGACGUCAUUCGUAAUGAUACAGGUUUGAGUGAAAUAUUUCUGACUAGCGCUGGUGGAAUUAAGCAGCAAGGGGACGAGGUCACUUUGCCCAAAUUAGCGGCAACCCUGGAGACCAUUGCAUCACAGGGAGCCGAUGGGUUCUACAAGGGAGACCUUGCAAACAUGAUCGUGGAUGACGUAAAUGAAAUGGUAGGAGGCAACAUCAGUUUGGCAGACUUGGAGGAAUACGAGGCCCGUAGUGCGGACACGGUAUCCAUAGAGCUUGGUGGCGGCCAGUUGUAUGAUGUUGGGGGUAUUAUGGUAUAUGCCCCGCCUCCACCGUCCAGUGGCAUUUUGACGAACUACAUCCUUAAUAUUCUAGAAGGCUACAGCUUGUCUUGGCGCAGUACAGGAGACACGUCAACAGAAGUGGAGACUUACCAUCGAAUGUUAGAAUCCUUCAAGUUUGCUUUAGCUGAACACAGUCGGCUGGGUGACCCAGAAUUUGAGGACAGCGUUAAAGAGGUCAUGGGCAUCUUGGGGAGGACUUCGACUGCUACUACCACCAGGGGAAAGAUACAAACAGAUGCAUUACAGUUCCUAGAAUACGGGAGCAUGUACGCCCCCAAAAUGGACCCCGCUGGAGGCGCUACGCACAUCUCUGUCAAGGACGGGGCGGGAAAUGCUGUAUCCUACACCAGCUCCUUAAGCCUUGACUUUGGUGCCAAGAAACGCGGCACACGCACCGGCAUCAUCUUCAACGCCGGCAUGGGCGAUUUCACGCUGCCAGACGAAAGUUUGGUCGAGGGACUGUCACCUUCACCUGUGAACUCCAUCCAGCCGGGCAAGCGCCCUCUGUCGUCCAUGAGCCCAUUAGUUCUUGUCGAUAAGGACUACGAGGUCAAGGCAGUGAUCGGGUCAUCCGGCGGGUUGGAGAUGAUAACCGCAACUGCCAUGAUGGCGGCCCAGACCGUGUGGUUCGAACAUAACGUCAUCGAUGCUAUGGAGAGGGCCAGGUUUUCAACAGAUCUUGGUGUGGACAGCGCUACUAAAUCAGUGACAUAUAAUCACGAAGCUUCAUUGGAAACUGGUGUUGUGAAUGGCCUGUCGUCACGUGGUCAGAUAGUCAACUCUGUACCUCUGAUGUCGUCUGUCAAUUACAUUAUGCAAACAAAGAAGAAUAGAUGGUAUACCAACUCAGAUACUCGGGCUCCCGGCUCAGGAUACGCCCACUAUUAACUCUUGCAUGAUGUUUUCUUAUAAACUAGUCCCAACCAGCGACCU